GCAGCCGUGAGCUCUGCGCGCCCGCGGCGGGAGGGUGAUGGCCCUGCGGGGCUCCGGGCUCCGGCGUCGCCCUCGCUCGGCGGCCAGAGGCGGGCCUAGGCGCCCGGGGCUGGGCGAGCGCUGAGCCCUGCGCGGAGAAGGCUCGCUCCUUCCCCUCCGCGUCCGCGGACGGGCGGGGACCGCGUCCUGCUGUCGCCCUCGCCCCCAGAUCAUGUCCUCGGCUCCCGGGACGCCGCGCCGAACGAGAGGUCCGCCCAGCCUGGCCCUCGGGCCCUUCCCGAGCUGCGCGUCCUGCCGCCCCGACCUAGCCUGACCUGCGGGGCCCCGGCAGACCCCGGUGCUGGCGGGCUUCCGGUGCGUGCUGCCGUUUCGGGGGCAUCUUCCCUCUCCCGCCCUCCGGCCUCUGAGACCUGGAAGACAGGGGCGGCUCCCGGCCCCCCUCAGGAGCUCUCCGGAAGAUGGGGAGCAAGGCCCUGCCGGCGCCCAUCCCGCUGCACCCGUCGCUGCAGCUCACCAACUACUCCUUCCUGCAGGCGGUGAACACCUUCCCCGCCGCGGUGGACCACCUGCAGGGCCUGUACGGGCUCAGCGCCGUGCAGACCAUGCACAUGAACCACUGGACGCUGGGCUACCCCGGGGUGCACGAGCUCGCCCGCUCCGCCCUCGCCGAGGUGGCGGCCGCGCAGGGCCUGGUGGACGCCCGCUUCCCGCUCCCCGCGCUGCCCCUCACCACGCACCUGCUCCACCCCAAGCAGGGCGCCAUCGCCCACGUCCUCCCCGCCCUGCACAAGGACCGGCCCCGCUUUGACUUUGCCAACUUGGCGGUGGCCGCCACGCAAGAAGAUCCCCCGAAGGUGGGAGACCUGAGCAAGCUGAGCCCGGGGCUGGGGGGCCCCGUCUCAGGCCUCGGUAAACUAACUCCGGACAGAAAGCCCUCCCGAGGGAGGCUGCCCUCCAAAACCAAGAAGGAGUUCAUCUGCAAGUUCUGCGGCCGACACUUCACGAAAUCCUACAAUUUGCUCAUCCACGAGAGGACGCACACGGACGAGAGGCCGUACACGUGUGAUAUCUGCCACAAGGCCUUCCGGAGGCAGGACCACCUCCGCGACCACAGGUAUAUACAUUCCAAAGAAAAGCCGUUCAAAUGUCAGGAGUGUGGGAAAGGAUUUUGUCAGUCUAGAACUCUAGCAGUUCACAAAACUUUACAUAUGCAGGAAUCUCCACACAAAUGCCCCACAUGUGGAAGAACCUUUAAUCAGAGAAGUAAUCUGAAAACUCACCUUCUCACCCAUACAGACAUCAAGCCCUACAGCUGCGAGCGGUGCGGGAAAGUGUUCAGGCGAAACUGUGAUCUGCGGCGGCACAGCCUGACGCACACCCCGCGGCAGAACUUCUAGCGGUGCCCAGGAUCGGUCCUGAGCGGCCUUGGCUCCCUCCCCCAGACGCUUCCCACCCCCGGGCCCACCCUCAGCCGAGGGGCCCACCCCACCCUCACUGACCCCAGCGCUUCCCGGCUGCAGCUGCACCUGCAGCUCCAGGGACCUGACUGUUCUUCCGGAAGACUGAGAACUCUCUAGAAAGCCGCUCACUACCCCUUCAGCAACCAGCCUGUGCUAGAUCCUUGUAGAUAGAUAUUCACGGCUCAUUUUAGAGCUCUGUACAUAAUGUCGUGGGUCUUAGUCCUGUUGUUUAGUUUGUUUUGAUUCUUUUUGGAUGCACCUAGACAUGGAAACCGGAAAACAAAUUUAUCUUUAAAGACCGUAUUUUCAAAAUAAAACCGUUCUUGAAUCAGUGCUUGCCGAGAUGUGUAGUGCUAGUCAACUUCUGUUUCCCUGCGCGUUCUGGAGGAGGGGCAGCCCCUGAAGAGUCAAUGAGAAGGGUGUUCUCGAUCCCCAGGUUUUAGAAACAGGACUUCCAGUUCUCCGAACAAAAUCUGAGCACCUCCCUUUCCUGUGGCGUGGCACUUUGCAAUGGA